AUGUAUACGCUUUCUGCCGGGGGUGGCAUUUACGAAGAAAUAUGGCGUUUGAAUCCGAAAGGGGGCCGCAUCUCCAUAAAAAUGUCGACAAAGUCUGACCUAAAAGCAAACGAUGUCAUACAAUUCGAGUAUGAAAUGAGCGGCGAUAAGGUCUACUGGGAUGUCUCAUGCGCUGACCUCCACCAACCCUCUGAGUUCACCAAGCGUGGGUUUUCCGUUCAGCCCUCAUCCAAUGACUGCCCCCCCAUCAGCUGCGCUGCCGGUGAUGAGCAGUGUUCUCAAGUUCGCCCUUGGCGUCUUCAAGAAUAUGAACAACUUUGGCAGGAUAUGGAAAAGGCCUGGAGGACGUACCUCCCUACAGUGGAUUUGCAAGAAGCACUUCGAACUGUACGAGAGAGCCGCCAGGUAGCACCGGUAAAUACAAGCCAGGAUACCAAGCUCAGUACUGAGGUGGAACACCAUACUGAGCAACUGCCGACAAACUUCACCGAACACAGCAAUGCAGAGGACUAUGAAUUUGACGAAUCUCAAGACUUCGAUAACUCAAUCGACGGUAUGGGCUUUUUAACUGCUGACCCGCAUAAGGCCGGAUAUACAGGGCCACAGUCUGGCAUAGCUGCGUUGAAAUUCCUACAGUCUCUUCCGCUGUACCUUCCACUGAAUAGCGUAAACACUCCCUCGUCAUUGGACGAGGAUGAUUUUCCCGCUGCGCGAUCCCAGUCAAUGGCUACAGUUAGCCGUUAUAUUGAUGACUAUUUCGCUCUUUAUCAUCCCGCGUAUCCCAUCUUACAUGAAGGGACUUUUCGUGCGCGAAUAUCAGGUGCCCUGGCUAAACCGCGGGACGGUUCGUGGCCGCUAUUAUAUAAUACAGUUCUCGCCAUCGGUGCAUUCGUUGGCGAUUCAAAUGCGACUAAAUGUGACAUCCCUUUCUACAAGGAAGCGCGUAGACAUUUAACGAUGGAUGUCCUCGAGAAAGGGUCUUUGAGCUACGUGCAAGCUAUUGUUAUAAUGGCUAAUUAUUUGCAAAAGCGCAAUAAGCCUAACGCGGGGUUUAUUCUUAUUGGCAUUGGCUUCAGCAUGGCUCUUGCUAUCGGCUUGCACCGCGAGUUCGGCAUGCCAAGCACAUCACCUUUUACCAUGGAGAUCCGCCGACGCGUUUGGUGGACACUGUUUGUUUUCGUUUCCGGGGCUCAGCUGACUCUCGGGAGGCCUGCAGUGUCCUUAGUUGGAGUGAAUAUUCGCCUCCCAGCAAACCUGGAUGACCAGGAUAUUGCGGUCGACAUGGAGCAUUUGCCUGAGUGCAAGCCUGGGCCCACUAUCACAUCUGCUCUAAUUGCUCAAGUGAAGCUAGCUAAGAUUGCAAAUGCCGUUCAGGUGGAGCUUCUUACGCACCACGUUCCAAGAUAUGAGAAAGCUUUGAAACUCGAAGAGAGUAUCGGGAAUUGGUGGAAGGACCUGCCCUCUUAUUUCAACCAAGAUGUCAACCUGGAACCACAUUUGGAGUUGCCCAAGAGGGUUCUUCUAUGGAGGUCUUUUCACCUCCGUAUCGUUCUCAACCGGCCCUUUUUAUUCGAAGCUAUAGCUACGCGAUCAGCCAUCAGUACAUCAGAGGGCCCGAUCAAGUCAUGCCUCGCUGCAGCUGACGAAUGUGUCACGUCUAUAUGUGGAUUCCUCAAUCAUACGGAUAGUAGGAAACGAGGUCUCGCAUGGUAUGCGACAUAUUGGUUGAUCACAGCGAGCUUUGUGCAGGCCACUUGUUACAUCUAUAGCCCCACUCAUACAAUGUCUCCGUCAUGGAAGGGGCAUCUCCAACAGGCUGUGGAUUGCCUUGAGAGUCUUGGGUCAUCACAUGAUAUGGCGUUCCGCGCACGGAAUGUAUUACAGAAGCUCCUCGAACAAGGUCAUGCUGUUGACUUAACCCAAAAUACUAGUCCGAAUCCAACAACGGCCUUGUCACGCCCUUCUCGUACCCUUUGGGCCCCACCGCCAGGUGCUCAAAAUCAAGCAAUAUACAACCCGUUAUCGAUGGGGCUAGAGGAUAGCUUUACGUGGUAUCCACAAGGCAUGUCUAAUGCGGAACUCCUGGAUGCGGCAGGAGGCUUCAUGAUUCAAAAUUUCUUCGAGGGCUCAGAAGGACAUUCAGGAACGAGUCCAUGGAUGCCAAUGUGAUCUACCAUCCGCUUAACACAUGAACCUUGGCUAUGGCUAUAUUCUGCGUCUUUCCGUCUAGAGACCCUGGGCUCAGCCAACAACUUGCCGAUGCGGGCACAUCGAUUACUGACGUAUGCAAUUAUCUGACACAUUAACUAAAAGUAUAUGCAUAGUAGCACACGGUGGACAGUAUACCAUUUGAACGGGCAGUUUAUUCUAUAAAACAUAGAUCGCUCGUUGCUAUGCUGUAUGGAGAACUACGCAAAG